AUGUCAGAAGUAAAAGAUACAGUUAAUAGUAAGCUCCAUGAUGAGGAUAUGUCCUCCUUAUCAAAAAGAAAUAUCAAACAAGGAGCAGGGAAAGUUUUAUCAGUGUCAACAACGGAGAAUGUUAGUGAUGAAGACGUUCAUCUACCUGUUACAGAAAUACAUAUAAAGUCACAUGAAUGGUUUGGUGAGUUUGUUACAAGACAUGAAGUACCACGUAAAGUUUUCCACUCCUCGAUUGGAUUUAUUACACUAUAUUUAUAUACACAAGGUGUGUAUUAUAAGAAUGUCAUCAAACCAUUGGUAAUAGCUUUUGUAAUUAUUUUUGCGUUAGAUGUAUUAAGAUUACAUUGGCGUUUCUUCAACGUUCUUUACUGCCAUGUUGUAGGUCCAUUAAUGAGGAAAAAGGAAGUACAUACCUAUAAUGGUGUCUUGUGGUAUCUUUUGGGAUUAAUACUUUCAUUCACAUUUUUUUCAAAAGAUGUAGCUAUGAUUUCUUUGUGCCUUCUAAGUUGGUCCGAUACUGCAGCUUCCACAUUUGGUAGAAAAUAUGGUCAUUUAACACCUAAGUUAACUAAACAUAAGUCAUUAGCUGGUACACUGGCUGCUUUUAUUACAGGAGUAAUCACAUGUUAUAUGUUUUAUGGCUUUUUUGUGCCAACUUAUGGUAGUACCAAUACCAAUGGGAUGAUAAUGUGGACUACUGAAACAAGUCGACUAACUUUACAUGCAUUAGCAUGGCUAGUAGGUUUAGUUGCUGCGUUAAGUGAAGGGAUUAGCAUUUUUAACUGGGAUGAUAAUUUUACAAUUCCUGUUCUCUCAUCUAUUUUUCUUCACUUUGUAAUUUAUUUGUUUUAUAUAUGA